AACAAACGUAUUUUAUAAAUGUUACCAUAACCAAUAGCCGCUGUAUAGCACUAAUUUUAAAAUGGGUAUUAAACACCUAUGGCCAAUAUUGGCACCUUACUGUGAGAGGAAACCACUGUUUGAACUGCAAGGCAAAACUGUAGCAGUAGAUUUAUCCUGUUGGAUAUGUGAAGCCCAAAACAUUGCUGAAUAUCAAGUACAACCACGAAUGUAUCUAAGGAAUUUAUACUUUCGAACUUGCUACAUGCUGUUGAUGGAAAUACAGCCUGUUUUUGUCCUAGAGGGAAAAGCACCAGAGCUUAAAUACGAAACUAUAGCUGCAAGGAACGCCAUACAGUUUAAAGGAGCAAAACCUAAAACUGAUAAAACCAAAAGUGGAAAAGACAGAAGCAGGUUUAAUCAUGUGUUGAAACAGUGUGCACAAAUGCUUGAAUAUCUGGGUAUUGCUUGUAUACAGGGAAAAGGGGAAGCUGAAUCAUUGUGUGCAUAUUUAAAUGAGGAUGGGUUGGUGGAUGGAUGUAUAAGUCAGGACUCUGAUUGUUUUGCUUAUGGGGCCAAAGUGGUGUACAGGAAUUUUUCAAUUUCUCAACAAGGGGCUCAUGCUGCAUCUGGAGGAGCUGUUGAUGUGUAUGACAUUGACAAAGUGAAUAAAUCAUUAGAUUUCGGUAGGAACAAAUUGGUCGCCAUGGCUCUGAUACUGGGCAGCGAUUACAGCGACGGAGUGCACGGUGUGGGCAAAGACUCCAUUGUCAAGUUCUUUGAGAACAUAUCCGACCACGAAGUGCUGGACCGGUUGAGGAGUUGGCGCAACAAUGAAGCGACUUACAGGGAGUACGAACGACAACUGAACGACAAGAAUGUUUGCACAAGUUGCGGUCACUAUGGCAAAGUCCAAGGCCACACCAAAUAUGGCUGUAAUUCCUGUGGCACAACCGAGGGAUGCAGCUCAGACCACAAGGAAAAAAGGGCUAUAAUAAAAACUGAGCUCAGCAUACGUUCCAAGUCGCUGCUAGAUCCGGAGUUUCCGGACGAGACACUCAUAAAAGAGUUUAUGGAGAGGAAGGACAACGUGUCGUCCUUAAAUUUAAAAUGGAAGCAACCUGAUUUAUUAAAGUUUGUUCAAUUCGCCGUUAAAUUUUUAACUUGGGACGAAGUGUACGCCUUUGAAAAAAUCCUCCCCAUUCUAACCAGAUGGCAAGUCUCCAAUCCGCAAAUAAUCCGAAACAACCCCAAAAAUAUCCUGACCCCAGACAGGAUUAAAAAGGCAAGAACCCCAAAAGGAGUCCCCAGCUACGAAAUCAUCUGGUCAGAUCCCAACGAGUACUUCCGGUCAGUCAUCCCGGAAGAUAAACUGGUAACGCAAGACUUGGAAAAACUGUGGUCGACCAUCGAGCCCCAAGGACUGGUCGAACAAACUUAUCCCGACCUGGUGGAGGUCUUCGUUCAAUCCAAAGCCAAACCGAAGAAGGUCGCCAAAAGGAAAAAGAAGACAACGGUGGACGACCUCGGAGAGAUGUUGCAGAACACUUCGAUCACCGAAACCAAACCCAAGAAGCCCAGAAAGCCGAGACGUAUGAAAAAGGAGGCGGAGAAGGAAAAUCUGGAGAUGCAAGCGUUGGAGGGUAGUUUCAGCGAAAUGGCGAUUGAGAAACCCAAACAGAAGAGUAUCGAUGCCUUUUUCAAGAAAGCUGUCGUCAAUAACGCAUUGAAGUUGUCCAACAAUGAGUCCACUCCGUUAAAAAGUAAAGUCGAGGCCUUUAAUCCGGAGUUGUCGUUUGAUCCGGAUAUGUCCAGGUUUGGCGAUGAAGAUGAUAACGAUGUGUCUGAUAUAAUAGAUAAUAUAAUCAGCAAAAAACCGGAUUAUUUGAAAAAUUUAAAGCUACAUGACAUAACUCCACCAAAACAGGAAACUGAACCUCACAAACAGGAAAUUACAACCUCCAGUUUCUUUGUUCAAAAUCUGGAGGAGGAAGAUGUUUUUGAAAAGACCUUCAAUUUAAUUACGAAUGAAAAAAGUGACGAAUUAGAAGUGGAUGAAGAAGAAACAGAAAACACAAGUAGUGAAAAUAAAGGAGUUGAUGUAAAAAGUAGUGAUGAUACUGAUGACAGCUUUAAUAUUGAAUAUGUUCCUUUGUUUGAAAGAAUUAAAAGAAAACAGCUCAUAUAAACUUUUAGUUUCAGAAUGUGUCUAGUGAUAAAGAUAUUUUUAUAUUUAUAUAUUUAAUAACAUUUAUACAAAAUACAUGCAAUUAAAAUA